GACCUAUCACAGAAAGAUUCGACAAAUGUCACUGCCAAAGCUAAAAGAGGAAGGAAGAGAAAGAGUGAUGCUGAACAAGACUCUGAUACAGAAAAUUCAAGCCCAACUGCAGGCGGUUCCGGUUUAGAUUUCCUAUCAACAGGUACAUCAAUUAUGUUACUGAAGCGCAGAGGAAGGAAAUCUAAAACAGAGAAGUCAAUAAUACUACAACAACAGGCUUCAAAGGAAUUACCAAGGUCAGGUAAAGAUGGAAAGAGAGAUGAAAGAAAAGGUGACAAAAGAAAGGAGUCCACACUGCAGAAGUUGCACGGGGAGAUUAAGACAUCAUUGAAGAUUGGUAAUUUAGAUGUAAGGAAAUGUGUACAUGCAUUGGAUGAGUUAAGCUCUCUACAUGUUACCACUCAACAUCUUCAGAGACAUAGUGAACUCAUAGCAACUCUGAAAAAGAUCUGCAGAUUCAAAUCCAGCCAGGAUGUGAUGGACAAAGCUAUUAUGCUAUAUAAUAAGUUUAAAAGUAUGUUUUUAAUGGGAGAAGGAGAAUCAGUGCUAAGUCAGGUGCUCAAUAAAAGUCUGACUGAACAGAAACUAUUUGAAGAAGCCAAGAGGGGAGUCCUAAAAAACACAGAACAAACUAAAGAGCAGAAAGAUACCAAGAUUUUGAAUGAAGACUUCAACUCCGAAGAGGACGCUGAGACAGAGAAGGACAAAUUAGGAGGAAACAUCUUAUCUAUGGUGAAAAACAACAUGACUAAUCCUGCAGAAGAGUCUGUCUGAAAAUGAUGUUUGUUCACUGAAGCCACCAAUCUCAGCUGCCCAAUGGAAGAUCAUCAUAUUUCAAGCAUAUUUUUAGUAUUAGAUUUACUGUUUACUGCCUCUAAGUAAAUUUUUAACAGUGCAUUUAUCAAAUCUACUUAGUGAAAAUGUGUCAAAGUUUAGCUUUUAGUUUUUGCAUUAUAUCUAAAGCUGUGUUUAUUUUAAUAGUUGAUCCUUGUGUUUCAUCAGACUGCUUUAAUAAAAACCUGUUUAAUCAUA